GGUGCCACAUAUUCCACUUUUAACCACAAGGAUUUGUGAGGGGACAAAAUUCACAACCACAUGUGGUGCAAUUUGGUGCCUCAAAAACCAAAUAACAGCACACUUGCACGCACGCACGCACAUAAAUAUAACAUAAGGUGCAUAAUUCAGAAGCAGGGUAGUGAGUGCCAAGUGAAACCAAAAUGGGACUUGGGACUCUGCCGUUGACUCCUCCUUAUUGCAAUUUCUGUUCAAAAUCAGGUCUUGUGGACAACCCCACUGGUGGCAGGCUCAAUAGAAGCAUAAAAUUCAGAGUUUCAGCCAAACAAGAGAAGCAAGAAGCAGAUAAGAGAAAACAAUCUUUGUUUAGCAGUGUAACCGAAGCUCUUGACUUUUCUCAAGUGAGAUCCGCAGAGGAUGCUCAGCUUCUAGAAGAUGCCAGACAAACCACAAGGUCUGGAGAAAGGAUGAGCAGGGAACAGUAUGGAGCUCUUAGAAGGAAAAUUGGUGGGACGUACAAGGAUUUUUUCAAAUCUUACGUUGAAGUGGAUGGGGCAUAUGUUGAAGAGGGCUGGGUUGACAAAACAUGCAAGGUGUGCAAAAAGGACACGAGGGGCGAGGCAAGGCAAGUGGACAACUUUGGAAGAUAUGUUCAUGUAGCAUGUCUCGAGAAGUCCAAAACUGGCAACUUCUUUACCAAACUUUUCUCUCUAUAAAGAGCAUUCAUGAAUCAUGAUAUGGCAUACCAUAGUAGGUGGAGGACACAUUUUCUCAUUUAGUCAUGUACCCAGGAUUCCAAUUAGUCAUCCAUUUAUCAAAUUAGAUUUUAUUCACCUCUUUGGCCAAAUGAAUUAUAGCAAUCUUAACCACACAACUUUUUUCUUA